UGACUCCUUUGUUUGGACAAAACCACUUUAUUGGAUCUUUUGGCUAUACCAAGUAAAGCCACAGGAGUUAAAAUCAGUGGCUUUGAAGCAAGAAAUAACAAUAUGAGCCUUUAGUUAGAUUAAGAUGGAUUCAGGUUAGCCUGCAGUGCGGCGAGGGAAAGAUGUUAUCGCUCUUUAAUAUUUUUUCCGAUCAAAUGGGCAAAAAAUGUUAUGUCAUUGUUUGCAUUUGCAUGCUUAUUGUGAGACUGAACGUCUUUUAUGUGUUCGUCCAGGAUAGCAUGUGAUUCCUGUAGGCAGGUAACAAUGGGAGACCCAUUGCUCCUCUCCCGGGAUGGAGUUUGGCUAAUUGGCACAGCUCUGCCCGGAAGCGUGAGAAUAAACAGGUUGACUUUUUAAAAUUUCCUCAAGCACUGGGCUUUAGACACCUUAAGAUCGGGGGCGGAGGCAGUUUUCAGGACAUGGCCGAGAUUUGGCGCUGAGCAGUGUCAUCGCGAGGUUUGGCAGCCAGCUCCGCAGUGGGUCGGAAACCUCGUGGUAGGCCAGAUCCCUGCAGGACGGGAGGUUCCUUCCUUCCCCUGAAAAAACUCCCAGUCAUUUUCAUGAAGGACCGCCUCUCUCCUUUUUAGGAGAUGUGCCCCAGGUCUCGCGAGAUCUCCUGUUUCCUAAAGGCGAGGUGCGGGCGGCAUCCUGCGGUGAAUUCGUGGGUCUCGUAGAAGGGAAAACGUAAUAUCGCGAUAUUUCUCAAGGCGCAUGCGAGAGCUGGCGGCGGCAGAUUGGCUCCGCCCCUCGGGGCUUUGAGAGAUUGUGCGUCAUUUGCUUUUCGCUUCGAGCAGGGGAGAUCGGAGCUGCAGCGCCUUCGGCUUUGAUUACAUUCGGCAUUGUUUUGUCUUAGCCCCCAGUGUUGCCUAGAUUGAGGAGACACCAACAUCCCCCAGUCCAGGGAGGCAUCCUGGUCCUGCUAUAGUCUGACCUCUGAGUUACCGCUCCAGAGGAACCAGCAGACCAGUGUAGUCAGGAAGGCUCAGAAAGCAUUUGGAGCAGUGUUGGAAUUCCCACCAGGAUGAGUAUAAUUGGCAGUGAUUUUAGUGGCUAGACUUCCAACACUAUGUUGAAUGAAAGUGGUGAGAACAGAUGUCCUUGCCUUGUUCCUGAGUUUGGAGGGAAAGCAGUCAGUGAUUUGGGUUGUAUGGUGUUGUGGCUUACUGCUACUUCCUCCAGCCACAAUAGUGAGAAAAAGUAAGCCUGAAAAUUAUAAAGCAGAAAAUCGGAAACAUGAAAGUAGACAGAACUAAACUGAAAAAGACACCUACUGAGGCUCCUGCAGACUGCAGAGCCUUAAUAGACAAACUCAAAGUUUGUAAUGAUGAGCAACUCCUCUUGGAACUGCAGCAGAUCAAAACAUGGAACAUUGGAAAGUGUGAAUUAUAUCACUGGGUAGACCUGUUGGACCGCUUUGAUGGAAUUCUGGCAGAUGCCGGACAAACAGUGGAGAAUAUGUCAUGGAUGCUCGUGUGUGAUAGGCCUGAAAGAGAACAACUGAAAAUGCUUCUCUUGGCUGUUUUGAACUUCACGGCCUUGCUUAUUGAGUACAGUUUUUCUCGGCAUCUGUACAGUUCUAUAGAGCACUUGACAACUUUAUUGGCUUCUUCUGAUAUGCAAGUGGUGCUGGCAGUCCUUAACCUUCUGUAUGUAUUUAGCAAAAGAUCAAACUAUAUCACACGGCUUGGAUCUGACAAGAGAACCCCACUGUUAACCCGGCUACAACAUUUGGCAGAGAGCUGGGGUGGAAAGGAGAAUGGCUUUGGACUUGCAGAAUGUUGCAGAGACUUGCAUAUGAUGAAAUACCCACCCAGUGCAACUACACUACACUUUGAAUUCUAUGCAGACCCUGGGGCUGAGGUUAAAAUUGAGAAAAGGACAACUAGUAACACACUACAUUAUAUUCACAUAGAACAACUUGAUAAGAUUUCAGAAAGCCCUUCUGAAAUCAUGGAAUCUCUUACCAAAAUGUACAGCAUUCCUAAAGAUAAGCAGAUGCUGUUAUUUACACACAUACGCCUGGCCCAUGGCUUUUCUAAUCACAGGAAGCGAUUGCAAGCUGUUCAGGCCAGGCUGCAUGCAAUAUCUAUAUUAGUGUUUGUUUCUCCUUUUGCAGUGUAUUCCAAUGCCUUGCAGGAGUCAGCCAACAGUAUCUUAUAUAACGGGUUGAUAGAGGAGUUGGUAGAUGUCCUGCAGAUAACAGAUAAGCAGCUUAUGGAAAUUAAAGCUGCUUCUUUACGAACAUUAACAUCAAUUGUCCACUUAGAGAGAACUCCCAAACUAAGCAGUAUUAUUGACUGUACUGGAACUGCCUCUUACCAUGGAUUUUUACCUGUUCUUGUGCGAAACUGUAUCCAAGCCAUGAUUGAUCCGUCCAUGGAUCCAUACCCUCACCAGUUUGCCACUGCGCUCUUUUCUUUUUUAUACCAUCUGGCCAGCUACGACGCUGGUGGCGAAGCCUUGGUCUCCUGUGGGAUGAUGGAAGCCUUAUUGAAGGUUAUAAAGUUUCUUGGUGAUGAACAGGACCAGAUAACAUUUGUCACCAGAGCCGUCAGAGUGGUUGACCUCAUCACUAACUUGGACAUGGCAGCUUUUCAAUCCCAUAGUGGACUUUCUAUCUUCAUUUAUAGACUUGAGCAUGAAGUAGAUUUGUGCCGAAAAGAGUGUCCAUUUGUGAUCAAGCCAAAGAUCCAGAGACCUAGUACUACACAAGAAGGAGAAGAAAUGGAAACUGAUAUGGAUGUUGCAGAUGUGACUAUGGAAAGUAGUCCAGGCUUAUCCAUAUCUAUGGAGCACCGGCUAGAUGUUGAAUUAAGGGCAUCCUGUUCCAGCAGCAGCGCUAACAUUUCCUCUGGCGCUGGACCCCGUCCUGGAGUCCAGUGUAUUCCACAACGAGCAGCACUUCUCAAAUCCAUGUUGAAUUUCCUCAAAAAGGCCAUUCAAGACCCUGCUUUCUCAGAUGGCAUACGACAUGUGAUGGAUGGUUCUCUCCCUACCUCCCUGAAGCACAUCAUCAGCAAUGCAGAAUAUUAUGGCCCAUCCCUCUUCCUCCUAGCUACUGAAGUGGUGACUGUGUUUGUAUUUCAAGAACCAUCACUUCUCUCCUCACUCCAGGAUAAUGGAUUGACAGAUGUCAUGCUGCAUGCCCUGCUUAUCAAAGAUGUUCCUGCUACUCGUGAAGUCCUUGGCUCCCUCCCAAAUGUAUUCAGUGCACUCUGUUUGAAUGCACGAGGUCUUCAGUCAUUUGUCCAAUGUCAGCCAUUUGAACGUCUCUUCAAAGUUCUUCUGUCUCCAGAUUACCUCCCAGCCAUGCGGAGGAGGAGAAGCUCUGAUCCCCUUGGCGAUACUGCAUCCAACCUGGGGAGUGCUGUGGAUGAGCUCAUGAGACAUCAGCCCACCCUCAAAACAGAUGCAACAACUGCAAUUAUCAAGUUACUUGAAGAAAUUUGUAAUCUUGGAAGAGAUCCUAAGUACAUCUGUCAGAAGCCAUCAAUCCAGAAGGCAGAUGGCACUGCCGCGGCUCCUCCCCCAAGGUCUAAUCAUGCUGCAGAAGAAGCCUCUAGUGAGGAUGAGGAGGAAGAAGAGGUACAGGCCAUGCAGAGCUUUAAUUCUACCCAGCAAAAUGAAACCGAGUCUAAUCAGCAGGUUGUUGGUACAGAGGAACGUAUUCCUAUACCCCUCAUGGAUUACAUCCUUAAUGUGAUGAAAUUUGUGGAAUCUAUUCUGAGCAACAAUACAACAGAUGACCACUGCCAGGAAUUUGUGAAUCAAAAAGGACUCUUGCCUUUGGUUACCAUUUUGGGUCUUCCCAAUCUGCCCAUUGACUUUCCCACAUCUGCAGCCUGUCAGGCUGUUGCAGGUGUCUGCAAAUCCAUAUUGACACUGUCACAUGAACCCAAAGUCCUUCAGGAGGGCCUCCUUCAACUGGACUCCAUCCUCUCCUCCUUAGAGCCCUUACACCGCCCAAUUGAAUCACCUGGGGGCUCAGUGUUGUUGAGAGAACUGGCUUGUGCUGGGAAUGUUGCUGAUGCUACUCUCUCAGCUCAGGCCACACCUCUUCUGCAUGCGCUCACUGCUGCCCAUGCCUACAUCAUGAUGUUUGUUCAUACUUGCAGAGUUGGACAGAGUGAAAUUCGUUCCAUCUCCGUAAACCAAUGGGGCUCUCAGUUGGGUCUGAGUGUUCUGAGCAAGCUGAGCCAGUUAUACUGCUCUCUGGUGUGGGAAAGCACUGUCCUCCUCUCACUGUGUACCCCAAACAGCCUACCUUCUGGAUGUGAAUUUGGCCAGGCGGACAUGCAGAAACUGGUUCCAAAGGAUGAGAAGGCAGGUACGACCCAGGGCGGAAAAAGAUCAGAUGGGGAACAGGAUGGAACAGCUGGAAGUAUGGAUGCUUCUACCCAGGGCUUGUUGGAAGGCAUUGGGCUAGAUGGUGAUGCAUUGGCUCCCAUGGAGACAGACGAACCUACUGCUUCAGACUCUAAGGGCAAAUCUAAAAUCACACCUGCCAUGGCUGCUAGAAUCAAGCAAAUCAAGCCUUUAUUGUCAGCUUCCUCCAGAUUAGGUCGAGCACUUGCUGAGCUAUUUGGACUCCUUGUUAAACUUUGUGUGGGGUCUCCUGUCCGCCAGAGAAGAAGCCAUCAUGCUGCCAGCACCACCACGGCACCAACACCAGCUGCUCGAUCAACGGCCUCAGCCCUCACUAAGCUCCUCACAAAGGGUUUGUCUUGGCAACCUCCACCAUAUACACCUACUCCCCGCUUCAGGCUGACAUUCUUCAUCUGUUCAGUUGGGUUUACAUCCCCAAUGCUGUUUGAUGAGAGGAAGUAUCCCUACCACCUCAUGCUACAGAAAUUUCUCUGCUCUGGAGGCCACAAUGCUCUUUUUGAAACUUUCAAUUGGGCUCUGUCCAUGGGAGGCAAAGUUCCUGUUGCUGAAGGAUUAGAACAUUCAGACUUACCUGAUGGCACAGGAGAAUUCCUUGAUGCCUGGCUAAUGCUCGUGGAGAAGAUGGUGAAUCCCACCACGGUGCUUGAAUCUCCACAUUCACUGCCUGCCAAAUUGCCUGGAGGUGUUCAGAACUUUCCACAAUUCAGUGCCCUUCGCUUCCUUGUAGUAACUCAGAAAGCAGCCUUUACUUGCAUCAAGAACCUGUGGAACAGGAAACCCCUGAAGGUGUAUGGCGGGCGAAUGGCUGAGUCCAUGCUGGCCAUCCUAUGCCACAUCCUCCGAGGAGAACCUGUGAUACGAGAGAGACUGAACAAAGAGAAGGAGGGAUCUCGAGGAGAAGAGGAUACAGGGCAAGAGGAAGGUGGCUCCCGCCGAGAACCUCAAGUCAACCAGCAACAACUGCAACAGCUCAUGGACAUGGGCUUCACAAGGGAACAUGCCAUGGAGGCCCUGUUGAACACCAGCACCAUGGAGCAGGCCACAGAGUACCUUCUAACCCACCCUCCUCCAAUCAUGGGAGGAGUUGUUCGGGAUCUGAGUAUGUCUGAAGAGGACCAGAUGAUGAGAGCAAUUGCCAUGUCUCUGGGACAGGAUAUCCCAAUGGAUCAAAGGGCAGAGUCACCAGAGGAAGUUGCUUGCCGGAAGGAGGAAGAGGAACGGAAAGCUCGAGAAAAGCAAGAAGAGGAAGAAGCUAAGUGUCUAGAGAAGUUCCAAGAUGCUGAUCCAUUGGAGCAAGAUGAACUCCACACUUUCACAGAUACCAUGUUACCAGGCUGCUUCCACCUUCUUGAUGAGUUGCCAGACACAGUGUACCGGGUGUGUGAUCUGAUCAUGACAGCAAUCAAACGUAAUGGAGCAGACUAUCGAGACAUGAUUCUAAAGCAAGUAGUCAAUCAGGUGUGGGAAGCUGCUGAUGUAUUGAUCAAAGCCGCUCUUCCCCUGACAACAAGUGACACAAAAACAGUGUCGGAGUGGAUCAGUCAGAUGGCCACCCUGCCUCAGGCCUCGAAUUUGGCUACUAGAAUCUUGCUUUUAACACUGCUUUUUGAGGAGUUGAAGCUACCUUGUGCUUGGGUUGUUGAAUCUAGUGGCAUCCUUAAUGUCCUAAUCAAACUCUUGGAAGUGGUUCAGCCUUGCCUACAGGCCGCCAAAGAACAAAAGGAGGUGCAGACCCCAAAGUGGAUCACCCCAGUGUUGCUGCUGAUUGAUUUCUAUGAAAAGACAGCCAUCUCCUCAAAAAGGAGAGCCCAAAUGACUAAGUACCUGCAGUCCAACAAUAACAACUGGCGCUGGUUUGAUGACCGCUCUGGGCGUUGGUGUAGUUAUAGCGCAAGCAACAAUAGCACUAUUGAUUCAGCCUGGAAAUCUGGAGAGACAAGUGUGCGUUUCACUGCAGGCCGAAGAAGAUACACUGUCCAAUUCACUACAAUGGUGCAGGUUAAUGAGGAAACAGGAAACCGACGCCCUGUGAUGUUGACACUCCUGAGAGUACCACGUUUAAAUAAAAAUUCUAAAAACAGCAAUGGACAGGAACUAGAGAAGACACUGGAAGAAAACAAAGAAAUGGAUAUCAAACGUAAAGAAAAUAAAGGCAAUGAUAACCCCUUGACCCUGGAGAUUACUGAUACUGAAAAGGAGACAAGCCUGGAAGAAACAAAAAUUGGAGAGAUCCUGAUCCAGGGCCUGACAGAGGAUAUGGUGACUGUUUUAAUCCGGGCCUGCGUGAGCAUGCUAGGAGUCCCUGUGGACCCAGACACUUUGCAUGCCACCCUUCGCCUCUGCCUGAGGCUCACCCGAGACCACAAAUAUGCCAUGAUGUUUGCAGAGCUGAAGAGUACCCGCAUGAUCUUGAAUUUGACGCAGAGUUCAGGCUUCAAUGGGUUUACUCCCCUGGUCACCCUUCUCUUAAGACACAUCAUUGAGGACCCUUGUACCCUCCGUCAUACCAUGGAGAAGGUUGUUCGCUCAGCAGCUACAAGUGGAGCUGGUAGCACUACCUCUGGUGUUGUGUCUGGCAGCCUUGGCUCUCGGGAGAUCAACUACAUCCUUCGUGUCCUUGGGCCAGCUGCAUGCCGAAAUCCAGACAUUUUCACAGAAGUCGCUAACUGCUGUAUCCGCAUUGCCCUUCCAGCCCCUCGAGGCUCAGGAACUGCUUCAGAUGAUGAAUUUGAGAAUCUUAGAAUUAAAGGCCCUAAUGCUGUACAGCUGGUGAAGACAACCCCUUUGAAGCCCUCACCUCUGCCUGUCAUUCCUGAUACUAUCAAGGAAGUGAUCUACGAUAUGCUGAAUGCCCUUGCUGCAUACCAUGCUCCAGAAGAAGCAGACAAAUCUGAUCCUAAACCUGGGGGUAUGACCCAGGAGGUCAGCCAGCUCUUACAGGACAUGGGCGAUGAUGUAUACCAGCAGUACCGGUCACUUACUCGUCAGAGCAGUGACUUUGAUACACAAUCAAGUUUUUCCAUUAAUAGUCAGGUCUUUGCUGCAGAUGGUGCCUCCACUGAGACUUCCACAUCUGUGACAUCCCAAGGAGAAGCUUCAACUCCAGAGGAGGCUCGGGAUGGGAAGAAAGAUAAAGAAGGGGACCGGGCCACUGAGGAAGGCAAGCAGAAAGGCAAGGGCAGCAAACCUUUAAUGCCCACCUCCACUAUUCUUCGUCUUCUGGCAGAGUUGGUGAGAUCCUAUGUUGGUAUUGCUACCCUAAUUGCCAACUACAGCUACACUGUGGGCCAGUCUGAGCUGAUCAAAGAGGAUUGCAGUGUGCUAGCUUUUGUUCUGGACCACCUCCUCCCACACACCCAGAAUGCAGAAGACAAGGACACUCCUGCCCUGGCUCGCCUGUUCCUCGCAAGCCUGGCUGCUGCAGGGAGUGGCACAGAUGCCCAGGUGGCCCUAGUGAAUGAAGUAAAAGCAGCCCUGGGACGGGCACUGGCUAUGGCUGAGAGUACAGAGAAACAUGCCAGGCUUCAGGCAGUGAUGUGUAUCAUCAGUACUAUCAUGGAGUCCUGCCCCUCCACCUCCAGCUUCUACAGCAGUGCCACGGCCAAGACCCAGCAUAAUGGCAUGAACAACAUCAUUCGACUCUUCCUGAAGAAGGGACUGGUUAAUGACCUGGCCAGAGUGCCUCACAGCCUGGACCUGUCCAGUCCCAACAUGGCCAACACAGUCAAUGCUGCUCUGAAGCCUUUGGAAACGCUUUCCCGGAUUGUGAACCAACCCAGUAGCCUUUUUGGCAGCAAGAGUGCUUCUAGCAAGAGCAAGUCUGAGCAGGAUGCCCAAGGAGCCUCUCAGGACUCCAAUAGCAACCAGCAAGACCCAGGCGAGCCUGGGGAAGCAGAAGUGCAGGAGGAGGAUCAUGAUGUCACUCAGACAGAGGUGGCAGAUGGGGAUAUCAUGGAUGGGGAGGCUGAAACCGACUCAGUGGUGAUUGCUGGGCAGCCUGAGGUGCUCAGUUCACAAGAGAUGCAGGUUGAGAAUGAGCUGGAGGACCUGAUAGAUGAGUUGCUUGAGAGGGAUGGCGGAUCUGGGAACAGUACAAUUAUAGUGAGCAGAAGUGGAGAGGAUGAAUCACAAGAGGACGUGCUGAUGGAUGAAGCUCCUUCCAACCUCAGCCAAGCUUCCACCUUGCAGGCCAACCGAGAAGAUUCCAUGAAUAUCCUGGACCCUGAGGAUGAGGAGGAGCACACUCAGGAAGAGGACAGCAGUGGCAGUAACGAGGAUGAGGAUGAUAGUCAGGAUGAAGAGGAGGAGGAGGAGGAAGAUGAGGAAGAUGAUCAGGAGGAUGAUGAAGGUGAAGAGGGAGAUGAAGACGAUGACGACGAUGGCUCUGAAAUGGAAUUGGAUGAGGAUUAUCCUGAUAUGAACGCUUCUCCCUUGGUCCGAUUUGAGCGCUUUGACCGGGAGGAUGAUCUCAUCAUUGAGUUUGACAACAUGUUCUCCAGUGCUACAGACAUCCCCCCAUCCCCAGGAAAUAUCCCUACCACUCACCCACUGAUGGUACGCCAUGCAGACCACAGUUCCCUGACGCUGGGCAGCGGCUCCUCUACAACACGUCUGACCCAGGGCAUUGGGCGUAGUCAGAGGACCCUAAGGCAGCUGACAGCCAAUACAGGCCACACCAUUCAUGUUCAUUACCCUGGGAAUCGCCAGCCCAACCCUCCUCUUAUACUCCAGAGGUUGCUUGGUCCCUCUGCUGCUGCUGACAUCCUUCAGCUGAGCAGCAGCCUUCCCCUACAAAGCCGGGGCCGGGCCCGCCUCCUGGUGGGCAAUGAUGACGUCCACAUCAUUGCCCGGUCUGAUGAUGAACUACUGGAUGACUUUUUCCAUGACCAGAGCACAGCUACCAGCCAAGCAGGGACCCUGUCCAGCAUCCCCACAGCUCUGACUCGCUGGACAGAAGAAUGCAAAGUUCUUGAUGCUGAGAGCAUGCACGACUGUGUUUCAGUUGUUAAAGUGCCCAUUGUCAAUCACCUGGAAUUCCUGAGGGAUGAGGAACUGGAAGAAAGGCGGGAAAAACGCAGGAAGCAGCUGGCUGAGGAAGAAACAAAAAUAACAGACAAAGGCAAAGAAGACAAGGAGAACAGGGAUCAGAGUGCACAGUGUACUGCAUCUAAGACAAAUGACUCCACUGAACAAAACCUCUCAGAUGGAACUCCUAUGCCUGACAGCUACCCAACAACCCCAUCUUCAGCUGAUGCAGCUACAUCAGAGUCCAAGGAGACCCUUGUCACUCUGCAACCCUCACAACAGCAACCAGCUCUCCCACCCCCACCAGCCUUAGGAGAGAUUCCUCAAGAGCUACAGUCCCCGGCUGGAGAAGGGGGGAGCUCUACACAGCUAUUAAUGCCUGUAGAGCCAGAGGAAUUGGGUCCCACAAGGCCAAGUGCAGAAGCAGAAACCACUCAGAUGGAGUUAUCCCCAGCUCCCACUAUAACCUCUCUUUCCCCAGAGAGAGCUGAAGAUUCUGAUGCACUGACAGCUGUCAGCAGUCAACUAGAAGGCUCUCCCAUGGAUACCAGCAGCCUGGCUUCUUGUACCCUUGAGGAGGCUGUGGGUGACCCUUCAGCAGCUGGCAAUUCUGAUCAACCCGCAGCAGGCAGCUCCACUCCUGGGGAUACCCCGCCAGUUGUAGCAGAAGUACAAGGCAGGGGUGACGGGACAGGGGAACCUGUGCAGCCCCCUGAGGAUGGCUCUCCUCCUGCGUCUUCGGAGAGUUCUUCCACCAGAGAUUCUGCUGUUGCCAUUUCUGGAGCAGAUUCCCGGGGAAUCCUAGAAGAGCCACUGCCUUCAACUAGCAGUGAAGAAGAAGAUCCCCUUGCAGGCAUCAGCCUCCCUGAAGGUGUGGACCCCUCUUUCCUGGCUGCUCUGCCAGAUGACAUCCGCCGGGAAGUUCUGCAGAACCAGCUGGGCAUACGUCCACCAGCCCGGACUGCCCCCUCAACAAAUAGCUCAGCCCCUGCAGUGGUUGGGAAUCCUGGAGUAACAGAAGUGAGCCCUGAAUUUCUGGCUGCCCUGCCUCCAGCCAUCCAGGAGGAAGUGCUGGCACAACAGAGAGCAGAGCAACAGCGACGGGAACUGGCACAAAAUGCCAACUCAGACACCCCCAUGGACCCUGUGACCUUUAUUCAGACUCUGCCCUCAGACCUGCGCCGUAGUGUCCUAGAAGACAUGGAGGACAGUGUUUUGGCCGUGAUGCCCCCUGACAUUGCUGCUGAGGCUCAAGCCCUGAGGCGAGAACAGGAAGCAAGGCAGCGGCAGCUCAUGCAUGAACGACUCUUUGGACACAGCAGCACCUCUGCACUCUCAGCCAUUCUCCGAAGCCCAGCUUUCACUAGUCGCCUGAGUGGCAACCGUGGGGUCCAAUACACUCGCCUUGCUGUUCAGAGAGGUGGCACCUUCCAGAUGGGGGGUAGCAGCAGUCAUAACAGACCUUCUGGCAGUAAUGUGGACACUCUGCUCCGCCUUCGAGGACGCCUCCUCCUGGACCAUGAAGCCCUAUCUUGUCUCCUGGUACUACUGUUUGUGGAUGAGCCAAAGCUCAAUACUAGCCGUCUACACCGAGUACUGAGAAAUCUCUGCUACCAUGCCCAGACCCGCCACUGGGUCAUCCGUAGCCUGCUAUCCAUCUUGCAGCGCAGCAGUGAAAGUGAGCUGUGUAUCGAGACACCCAAGCUUGCGUCAAGUGAGGAAAAGGGCAAAAAAUCAAGCAAGAGCUGUGGGUCAAGCAGCCAUGAAAACCGGCCCCUGGACCUGCUACACAAAAUGGAGUCUAAGAGCUCCAACCAGCUUUCCUGGCUCUCAGUAUCCAUGGAUGCAGCCCUAGGCUGCAGGACUAACAUAUUCCAGAUCCAGCGUUCAGGGGGGCGCAAACAUACUGAGAAGCAUGCAAGCAGUGGCUCCACUGUCCACAUCCAUCCCCAGGCUGCUCCUGUUGUCUGCAGACAUGUUCUAGACACACUCAUUCAAUUGGCAAAGGUGUUUCCCAGCCACUUUACACAGCAGCGGACCAAAGAAAUUAACUGUGAGAGUGAUCGGGAGAGGGGCAAUAAGCAGGCCUGCAGCCCAUGCUCUUCUCAGUCCACCAGCAGUGGCAUUUGCACAGACUUCUGGGACUUACUGGUAAAACUGGACAACAUGAAUGUCAGCCGGAAAGGCAAGAACUCCGUGAAGUCAGUGCCAGUGAGCGCUGGUGGUGAGGGGGAAACCUCCCCAUACAGCUUGGAGGCCUCUCCACUGGGGCAGCUCAUGAACAUGUUGUCACACCCAGUCAUCCGCCGGAGCUCUCUCUUAACUGAGAAACUCCUCAGACUCCUUUCUCUCAUCUCAAUUGCUCUCCCAGAAAACAAAGUGACAGAAGCACAGACUAAUUCUGGCAGCAGUGCUUCCUCUACCACUGUUGCCACCUCUACCACAUCUACCACCACUACCACUGCCACCUCCACCACACCCACUCCCCCUACUGCAUCCACCCCUGUCAGUUCUACUCCGGCCCUGGUUGUUGCCACAGCUAUAUCCACCAUUACCGUAGCUGCUUCGACCACCGUGACUACCCCCACAACUGCUACCACUACUGUUUCAACGUCUACUACUACUAAGGCCAACAAAUCUCCAGCAAAGGUGGGUGAUGGGAGCAGCAGCAGCACAGACUUUAAGAUGGUGUCCUCUGGCCUCACUGAAAACCAGCUACAGCUUUCUGUGGAGGUGUUGACAUCCCACUCUUGUUCUGAAGAAGGACUAGAGGAUGCUGCCAAUGUGUUACUACAGCUCUCUCGUGGAGACCCUGGGACUCGGGACACUGUUCUUAAGCUGCUUCUGAAUGGAGCCCGCCAUCUCGGUUAUACCCUUUGUAAACAGAUAGGUACCCUUCUGGCUGAGCUACGGGAAUACAACCUGGAACAGCAGCGGAGAACCCAGUGUGAAACCCUGUCUCCUGAUGGCCUGCCUGAGGAGCAGCCACAGACCACCAAGCUGAAAGGCAAAAUGCAAAGCAGGUUUGACAUGGCUGAGAAUGUGGUAAUUGUGGCAUCUCAGAAGCGACCUCUGGGUGGCCGGGAGCUCCAGCUGCCUUCUAUGUCCAUGUUGACAUCCAAGACAUCUACCCAGAAGUUCUUCUUGAGGGUACUACAGGUCAUCAUCCAGCUCCGGGACGACACACGCCGAGCUAACAAGAAAGCCAAGCAGACAGGCAGGCUAGGUUCCUCCGGUUUAGGCUCAGCUAGCAGCAUCCAGGCAGCUGUUCGGCAGCUGGAGGCUGAGGCUGAUGCCAUUAUACAAAUGGUACGUGAGGGUCAAAGGGCGCGGAGACAGCAACAAGCAGCAACGUCGGAGUCAAACCAGUCAGAGGCAUCUGUUCGGAGGGAGGAGUCACCCAUGGAUGUGGACCAGCCAUCUCCCAGUACUCAGGAUACUCAGUCCAUUGGCUCAGAUGAAACCCCACAAGGGGAGAAGGAGAAGGAAAAGGAAAAGGAAGAAAGGCCACCUGAGUUACCUCUACUCAGUGAGCAGCUGAGCUUGGAUGAGUUGUGGGACAUGCUGGGAGAGUGUCUGAAGGAACUGGAAGAAUCCCAUGACCAGCAUGCGGUGCUAGUGCUACAGCCUGCCGUUGAGGCCUUCUUUCUGGUCCAUGCCACAGAGCGGGAAAGCAAGCCUCCUGUCCGAGACACUCGUGAGAGCCAGCUGGCACACAUCAAGGACGAGCCUCCUCCACUAUCCCCUGCUCCCUUAACCCCAGCCACCCCUUCCUCCCUUGACCCAUUCUUCUCCCGGGAGCCCUCUUCUAUGCACAUCUCCUCAAGCCUACCCCCUGACACACAGAAGUUUCUUCGCUUUGCAGAGACUCACCGCACUGUGCUAAACCAGAUUCUACGGCAGUCCACCACCCACCUCGCUGAUGGGCCUUUUGCUGUCCUUGUAGACUAUAUUCGUGUCCUCGACUUUGAUGUCAAGCGCAAGUAUUUCCGCCAAGAGCUAGAGCGUUUGGAUGAGGGACUCCGGAAGGAAGACAUGGCUGUGCAUGUCCGCCGUGACCAUGUGUUUGAAGACUCCUAUCGUGAGCUGCACCGGAAAUCCCCUGAAGAAAUGAAGAAUCGAUUGUACAUAGUGUUUGAAGGAGAAGAAGGGCAGGACGCUGGAGGGCUCCUGCGGGAGUGGUAUAUGAUCAUCUCGCGAGAGAUGUUUAAUCCUAUGUAUGCCUUGUUCCGUACCUCACCCGGUGAUCGGGUCACCUACACUAUUAAUCCAUCUUCCCACUGCAACCCCAACCACCUCAGCUACUUCAAGUUUGUCGGACGCAUUGUGGCCAAAGCUGUUUAUGACAACCGCCUCCUGGAGUGCUAUUUUACUCGGUCCUUUUACAAACACAUCUUGGGCAAGUCUGUCAGAUAUACGGAUAUGGAGAGUGAAGAUUACCACUUCUACCAGGGCCUGGUUUAUCUGCUGGAAAAUGAUGUCUCCACUCUAGGCUAUGACCUCACUUUCAGCACUGAGGUCCAAGAGUUUGGAGUCUGUGAAGUUCGCGAUCUCAAACCCAAUGGGGCCAACAUCUUGGUAACAGAGGAGAAUAAGAAGGAGUAUGUACACCUGGUGUGCCAGAUGAGAAUGACAGGAGCCAUCCGCAAACAACUGGCAGCUUUCUUAGAAGGCUUCUAUGAGAUCAUUCCAAAGCGCCUCAUUUCCAUCUUCACUGAGCAAGAGUUAGAGCUGCUCAUAUCAGGAUUGCCCACAAUCGACAUUGAUGAUUUAAAAUCCAACACUGAAUACCACAAAUACCAGUCCAACUCUAUUCAGAUCCAGUGGUUCUGGAGAGCAUUGCGUUCUUUCGAUCAAGCUGACCGUGCCAAGUUCCUCCAGUUUGUCACAGGUACUUCCAAGGUGCCCCUGCAAGGGUUUGCUGCCCUUGAAGGCAUGAAUGGCAUUCAGAAGUUUCAGAUCCAUCGAGAUGACAGGUCUACUGAUCGCCUGCCUUCAGCUCACACGUGUUUUAAUCAGCUGGACCUACCUGCCUAUGAGAGCUUUGAGAAGCUCCGCCACAUGCUACUAUUGGCCAUCCAGGAGUGCUCUGAAGGCUUUGGGCUGGCCUAAUAGAACCCCACCCAUCAUUGUGGGGUGUUUCUACCAUUGUUGGACCUGGGAAGGGGGGAAAUUAAAACAAUAAAACAACAGAAAGAAAAUGUCAAAAACCAAUAAAUGAAAUCCACCAACUCACCGUGUGUGUUUCCCAGCUGCCCCAGCGCAUACCUGUUCCCCCUUUCCUGUUCAUUCUCUCUCUCCUCCCCUUUUCUUCACCUCUUCUCGUUCCAUGCCGUCCAUGAUCCCUACCCCGUGUGUUAAAAAGGCAGUAGCCUUGCAGGGACCUGUUUGUCCCAACUGUUUGAACAGUGUGCUCCUCAGAUUCUGUGUUCAGAAGGAUUUGCUGCAUUGAGACUUGAAACCUUUGGAUAGGGGAAAAAAUUAUAUAUAUAUAUAUUUUUUUGUUCUGUUUGCAUUUCUUAAUUUGUGCUUGGAAUGUGUUGAUGUGCACAGCUAAUGAUUCAAUGCGAGACAAGAUUGGCGUCUGUGUUGUGGAGGUUUCAAAUAAAGAGCACUCUUCAUAACUCA